AAUUCCAACGUAGUAAUUAAUAACUUUAGCUACACGAGUUUAAAACAAAAGAGGAAAAUAAACUGUGUGCGAGGUCUUAGGAGGCAUUCUUUACGUCCAAAAAGUAAUUGGACAGAAUGAGAAUCCUUGGUGUUCUAUUUCUCGCGACAGUUGUUUGUGGGAAGCCCUUCAAUGCUGGUUCCGACGAAGCAGUAUGUGGAUACGAUUCGUGUCAUCCAGUCAACCAAAGCAAAAUCAACGUCCACAUCGUAGCCCAUUCCCAUGAUGACGUUGGGUGGUUGAAAACCGUAGAUCAAUACUACUAUGAGGAGGUUCAACAAAUUCUUUCAUCGGUAGUCAGCGCUCUUUCGGAUAACCCUGAUAGGAGGUUUAUUCAAGUAGAGACAGCGUUUUUCUACAUGUGGUGGAACCUGCAGACAGAGAACAUAAAAUCCUUAGUCAAACAGCUCGUCAACGAAGGCAGAUUGGAGAUAGUCAACGGUGCUUGGUCUAUGAACGACGAAGCCGCUGUGCACUACCAGUCCACCAUAGACCAGUACACGUUAGGUCUAAAGUUCCUCGAAGACAACCUAGGAAAGUGCGCCAGGCCUAGAGUAGGCUGGCAAAUCGAUACGUUUGGCCACAGCAGAGAACAGGCGUCUCUCCUCUCUCAAUUUGGCAUGGACGGGGUCUUCUUCGCCAGGUUCGACUACAGAGAUAGGGCGAAGAGGUUGGCCGAGAAAAAUAUGGAAAUGCUGUGGACGGGCAGCGCAAAUCUCGGAACUAGUAGCAAUAUUUUCACAUCAGCACUGUAUCAUCACUACAACGCUCCACCCAAUUUUUGCUUCGACAUCAUCUGCCAAGACGAACCCAUCGUUACGGAAACAGAUAGUUCAGAAUACAACUGGGAAGCUAAGGUGAAAGAGUUUGCGAAAUUUAUCAAAGAGCAGUCCCAGUACUACACUACCAACAACAUAAUCAUAACGAUGGGGGACGACUUUUACUACCAGGCUGCCUCAAACGUCUACGUCAACCUAGAUAAGUUGAUAUUAGGCUUCAAGAAAUUUAAUCCAAAGGUAAAUGGCAAAGAAGUUAAUAUAAUAUACUCUACUCCUUCUUGUUACACAAAAGCCGUCAAUGAAUACGUCCAAAAAAAAAAAAUGAAAUUAGAUGUAAAGACUGACGACUUCUUUCCUUACGCUGACGAAUCGGACAGAGUUUGGACUGGUUACUUCACUUCAAGAGCUCCUUCUAAGAGAUUGGAAAGACUCUCGAAUAAUUUGCUGCAGGCUUCCAAACAACUAGGAGCCCUCGCCUUCAAAUCCUACGAGGCCAAUUUGCCCUUAAGCGAAGCCAUGGGAGUUAUGCAGCACCACGAUGCCAUCACCGGGACCGAACAUGACGAUGUUAAGCAAGACUAUCACAGACUGUUGGCGCAGGGUAUUGAGACAGCGACUUCUGAAGCUGCUAAAGCCUUUUCAGCUAUCCUCGGCAUGUCUACCGAUUUAAACUUCACAUCUUGUCCGCAAUUGAACGUUAGCGUAUGUGGAAUAGCGAUCGAAGAUGAAUUUAACAUCGUGGUGUAUAACCCCUUAGCCAGGGUGACUUCGUAUUACAUCCACAUUCCUGCAACCGGAUAUUAUUAUGAAGUUGAAGGACCGACAGGAGAAGUAGUGGAGAGUCAUCUGACGAGUCUCAUUGACUAUUUCACUGAAGUUCCUGAUAAAUUGGGAUCCACACUGAUUUUCAAAGCAGAAAAUCUUCCAGCCCUUGGAUAUCAGGUUUACAAAAUCAAGCAUACAGUAAAGAAAGAAAAAAUGAAAAACGCGACAAGGUUUGUAGAACAAGUAGACCAGAUGGGAUUCCAGGAUAAUUAUGUUAACUUUGAUCUAUCGACGGGCUAUCUCAAAUCCAUUACCCUUUCCGGUGUGACGCAGGAAGUGUCCCAACAGUUUUUGUACUACAACAGCUCUGACGUUUCAAACGCUUACAUAUUUAGACCCGAUGGAAACAAUAGGAACGCCACAGAAAUCACGCUAGUGACCAACUCGGUUCUGAUCAACGAUGGUAACUUAGUUAGGGAGGUUAAGCAGUCGUUUAGGGGGGGAAUUAACCAGAUUAUACGGAUCUAUAAAGACGAGGACUUCAUCGAGUUCGAUUGGUUGAUUGGAUACCAAGACACCUCAUUAGGGGGUAAAGAAAUUAUUACAAGGUACAUAACGAACCUGGAAACCCAGGAUGAGUUCUACACAGACUCUAACGGCAGAGAAAUGAUAACGCGCAAGAGAAACUACAGACCUACUUACGAAUAUAGCGACGAGGAGCCUCAGUCCGGGAACUACUAUCCUGUAAAUACCAGGAUUGUGAUCAAGAACGAGACCAACGAGUUUGCCGUGUUAACGGACAGGUCUGAGGGUGGUUCCAGUUUGACUUCGGGGCAGGUAGAACUUAUGGUAACUCGACAAAUUCCAAACAGUCUUGACGAGCACGAAUAUGGUAGUCCUGUUAAAGUCCGAGGAACCCACUAUGUUACCCAUGGGGUUUCAGCCGAAGGGAACGGUGGUCGUACCAUGGCAGCGGUCGAACGAGACAUAGUUCAAAGGAAACUCCUACAACCUUGGUUGUUUUUCACGACAGACGACAUUUCGGUUAAACAGCAUUCAUUCCUGAACAAGGAAUUGCAGCCUAACGUCCAUUUACUGACUUUAGAAAGUUGGGGUGACGGCACCGUGCUCAUAAGGCUGGAACAUGUAUUGGAGAAAGACGAAGAUCCCGAGUUGUCGAAAGAAGUAACAGUCGACCUGACGGGACUUUUCAAACCUUUCAACAUACACACGAUGAAGGAAUACACGUUGGCCGCCAAUAUACCACUGGAAGAAAGUGACAGGUUGAGUUGGGCGCAACUAAAAUCUGAAGAUCCUUCCAGUCCCUUGAGCAAGGCACAAAGAUUGACCAGAGAUGAGGAAGAUUUGGUCAUUACUUUGGAGCCCAUGCAGAUCAGGACUUUCAUCGCUACAGUUUCCCCUGUAGAAUCCUAACAAAUGUGUUUUACAGUUUGAAGAUAGACACAUUUUUAUUUUUA